AUGUCCGCCGAGGUCAAACUCCUCCAAGGCAUCGGGCUACUUUACCUCGUGCUCGGAAAGGCACUGGAAAAUUCGCAAACCCACAAAAUCGACUGGAACGUCGGCCAUGCCAUUUUCUUGAUAUCGUACGGUUGGGAGGUAGGCCGCAGGAUUAAGGACGAGCUAAUGAAGAGAAAUUCAAGCCUCUUCGGUUCGAUGGCCGCCCAAUUCACCACGCUGCUUCCGAUUUAUGACCUGGUGCUGCUGGGUCCCGCCCGAAAAUGCGCCGAGAAAAACGCUGGGCUAGCUUCGCUCGGAUUCGGAAACUGGGACAUCGCCUAUAGAGAGAUUUUGCAAAAGAGGCUGCAUAAAGAUCGAGUUCAUACACAAGCCUGCGACCACCCGUUCGAUUACUACUGGAUAUGUUGCCUGCUCUAUCAAGCCAUUUUCCAACUAUAUUUCGUAUUUUUCAUCUCACAACGGUUAAAGAGAGAGCGACAAGAAAAAUUUGAACAUGCCACACUCGCAAUCCUCACUGUAUUGAAUUUCUGGGGAAGCUUUGGCAACUUCAAGCUUGGAAGAUUCUGGCUCUUCUGGCUCGGAGCUUUGAUUGCUAACUUGCUGCCGCUACAUUUCAACACCGGCGAGCUGAAACGAGAGGAAUCGAAAAGUAUGUCAAGCAUAGAAACCUGUGGCACCAGCUACUCCCUGUCUUCCCGAAAAACCCUGGUGACAGCCUGGCCUCGAGACGAGAAACCGCCUGAAAAAGACGCCUGGAUGAAAAUCCUCCCGAAAAUCUUCAAAAUCACCGGCUACAUCUUGGUGCUCGUCUUCUUCUUCCCGUUCACGAUGAAGCAAGGGGCUGAGGAAGCGAUCAUCUGCGCCGCCGUCUUGGCGGUGCUGGUCACCUCACUCAUGGAGAAACCGCUGAAAUUCGUCGAAAAUAUUGGAGAAUUAGCUGGUAGGCAAAUCUACUACACCAUCGCUGGCCUCUUCAUCCUAACGCUCUCCGUAGUGAUAUUUAGCAGCUUGAUCGCAGGAUUUUUGAAUGGAAAUCGAGACGCCGCUAUUCUCGAAAAUGCCCAAUACAUGCAGAGAAAAUACAUAAUGGAAGAGUGUAGGCCGUUGGAUCAUAUCAAUCGGCCACAGCCCUAUGCUUACUGCGAAUACCCGGAAGGCGCAGGGGAGCAUAAAAUCCUGCUUGUUGGUGAUUUCUACGCCACAACGGAUGCACCGUACCUAUUUAAGCAAUUCUCCUUGCGCUACGACAAAUUUCGGGUAUUUGCCGAGCGGGGGUACCAUCCGCUGAAUUUUGGAUAUGGGAAUCAUCCAAAGGAACACAACAAACUCAUCAAAAUCCUGCGCCAGUUCCGGCCGACGGCGAUGAUUAUUGAGCAAGAUUUCGCCGGCGAGCGGAUGGGAAUUCCGCUAAAUGGCAGUGAUCCGAUGAUGGCGACGUACCGCGCCAAUAUCAACACUUUCUUGAAACUGAAUGUAUCUAGAAUCAUUGUGACCGGAGCCCGGGCUAGGACCAGACCCGAUGGGCAUCUCAAGAGGCUUGAGAACUUUCUCAAGGCACCUGAAGACGUCCCGUUAGCCGAGUUCACCCAGAAUUUGGCGCUGGCCCGCGGCUACUCCUACAAACGCCUCAAAAGCAUACACGAGAAGGUGACGCCUGUGUAUUUGGACGAGUUCUUCCAGAUUGGAAACAACAUGACGUUCGUCGAUCCGCUGAGUUUUGUGGCGUACUUUGACGACCGGAUGGCGUUGACGGAUCUGGGGGCAAAGAUGGCCGCGAAAUACUUCAGCAAAAUCUGCGACGUGGCGCUGGGGAUCGACGAGAUCGAUGACGAAUACCUGGACGAGGGCUUCGAGCCUACCGUAUCCCCUCCUGAGGCUCCAAUUCGCCCCCGAAAUUUCACCCCUACCGUAGCGCCUCCACCAGCCCGGCUCGAGACGAAUAUUACUAACAACGGAUUGUUGGUCUUAGAACUUGAGCCCAAAAACAAGACUACAAAAUUACCG